AUGGCGGCUUCUGCGUCGACCCCCCACACGACUGACUUUCCAGCUGACGGUCGAUGCAGUUACUACGUAGAAAAGAAGAAGCGGUUCUGCAGGAUGGUGGUGGCAGCGGGGAAAAGGUUCUGUGGGGAACACGCUGGAGCCGCGGAGGAAGAAAAUGCUCGGAAGAGAAUUCUGUGUCCUUUAGAUCCAAAACACACAGUAUAUGAAGAUCAACUAGCAAAACAUUUGAAAAAGUGUAACUCAAGAGAGAAGCCAAAACCUGACUUCUUUAUUCAAGAUAUUAAUGCAGGCUUAAAAGAUGAAACAGAAAUACCUGAACAAUUAGUUCCAAUUUCUUCUCUCUCUGAAGAGCAGUUGGAAAACUUAAUUAAGAAAUUGCGGAGAGCAAGCGAAGGUUUGAACUCUACACUUAAAGAUCAAAUUAUGUCCCAUCCAGCAUUGCAUGAUGCCCUUAAUGACCCUAAAAAUGGUGAUUCUGCAACCAAACACCUGAAACAGCAGGCUUCUAUUUUAGGUAACAUUGAAAAAUUAAAGUUACUUGGUCCAAGAAGAUGUUUUGUUGAGUUUGGAGCAGGAAAAGGAAAAUUGUCUCAUUGGGUUGAUAUUGCCUUAAAAGAUGCUGAAAAAGUUCACUUCAUCCUAGUAGAAAAAGUGACCACGAGAUUCAAGGUAGAUGGCAAACACAGGAAGAAAAAUUCAGUGUUUGAGAGACUUCAAAUUGAUAUUCAGCACUUGUGUUUGAACAAGAUUCCUUUGCUAAGCAAAGAAAAACUACCCGUGGUAGGAAUUGGAAAGCAUCUGUGUGGUGUGGCAACAGAUCUUGCAUUACGAUGUUUGGUUGAAACCUAUGCUGCCAGUUGUGAGGAAAGGAAUGAAGAACCUUUAGCCAAACGCAGAAAGAAUGAUAAAACAGACAAAGAAAUUAACCCUUUGGCCAAGGAAGGAAAUGAGAAAAAUGUCCCAGAGAAGUGGACCCCUGUGGCUGGCAUUGUUAUUGCACUCUGUUGUCACCACAGGUGUGAUUGGAGACAUUAUGUGGGCAAAGAAUAUUUCAGGGCUCUAGGCCUUGGAGCAGUGGAUUUCCACUACUUCCAGCGAAUGAGUAGUUGGGCAACUUGUGGGAUGCAAAAAACAUCUUUGGAAGCCUCCAACGUGACCUCAAAGAGAAAAGAUAAGCACAGUGAUGACAGUGAAGAGCAUGACGAUGGGGGAUGCAGAAUCACGGACGACAGCACUGAGAGUUUGCCUGGGCUCCUUACUGUUGAAGAAAAGAAGAAAAUAGGGCAUCUUUGUAAAUUGCUGAUUGACCAAGGCCGAGUCGAGUAUUUACAGCAGAAAGGUUUCAGUCCUGCUUUACAGUAUUAUACAGAUCCUCUGGUGUCUUUGGAAAAUGUAUUGUUAACUGCUUUACCAAAUCAUUCUUCAUCACCAGAAACAAGUGCUUAA